GAAAAAUCCUCCAACGAUUACCAGACAACAAACUCUCACACCCAAGCUCCGGUAGCAGCGGCAUCCAUCCAUGGACGCCAGUCUCCGCACGCUGUCUCAGGCCAGCUUCCCGGGGGAGGUGCGCUCGGCGGUGUCGUCCCUGCUCCUGUCACCGGCCGGCGGCAGCGCGCUCGACACCGUCUUCUCCCACCUCCCGCCCCCGGUCACCAUCCCGCCGCUCGGCUCCAGCGUCUACUACCGCCAGUGCGAGCUCCUCCGCUCCUUCGCCGCCACGCAGCAGCAGCACCACCAACACGCUGCGGCCGCCACUUCCUCCUACUCGGCCGCGAGUUUUCCUUUUCGCGGCACGGCGCAUGACGGACCGGCGGCGCUGGGUAAGACGAAGUCCUACCGCGGCGUGCGGCAGCGGCAGUGGGGCAAGUGGGUGGCAGAGAUCCGGCUGCCGCAGAAUCGAGUGCGCGUCUGGCUCGGCACCUACGACUCGCCCGAGACCGCCGCGCACGCCUACGACCGCGCCGCGUAUAGGCUCCGAGGCGAGUAUGCGCGCCUCAACUUCCCCGGCAUCAUGGACCGCCUCGGCGACGACGGAUUCCCCGACUCGCUCCGGCAGCUCCGCGACGCCGUCGACGCAAAGAUCCAGACCAUCCGCGUGCGCAUGGCCCGCAAGCGCGCGCGCGCCAGGCGGCUGCGCGAGGAGAACAAGCAGGGCAGCCAGAGCGCAGACGCGAAGUCCGCGCCGGCCGCGGCCGUGCGACCCGUCGCCUCGGAGAGCGCCGCGACGUCAGAGACGACGACGGAGUCAUCGUACGGGUCACCGGAGGGGGCGGUUUCCGUGGGCGACGUCGAGUGCUCGCUGGAGCGGAUGCCGUCGUUCGACCCCGAGCUGAUCUGGGAGAUGCUCAACUUUUCCAGUACCGACUUCCCGGCGUCGUUUUGUCGAUCUGCUCUCGGGUGCGCCCCGCUGCCAGCCCUGACGUGAGGAGCGACCAUGGCGCCGUCGGAGUGGGUGGCCCAUGCCCAGACGUCGACAGACUUGCUGCCGUCCCCAGGCACCCGUCCGGCUGUUGUGCUCGAGGUUCGCGAUGCUCUGCUCUUGCACCUUCGGCUUCGGGGACUGAGCUCCCGAAGCACACUUCUUACCUGGUGGUCAUAAAGGUUCAGGCGGACGCGGCGGCGCUCAUAGCUCCACCCUGCAAUGUCCUCUGCCAUCGACACAACGCAGCAACUCCUCUGCCAUCGUCGAGGUGCAGACCGCCAACAGCGGUUAGGCCGCACAUCCACGGCUCCAUUUCAGUCUAGCCAGCGGCUUUGUAGCUUCAUUCAGGAUUCAGGACUCAUGUCGAUAUUCAUUCUGUAGUCUUGCACCAACAACCGACAACUCCCUCGGUUCCAAAAUGUGAUGCAUAUAGCUUUUGGUCAAACUCAAACUUUGUCGAGUUUGGCCAUUUAUAAAGACAAAAAUAUUAAUCCUUACAAUAUCUAAUGUAUAUACAUCAUCAAAAUAUUAUCGAUGA